GUCCACAUGGCUGCCACCUGCAUUUUCCUUCCCGCCACUCCCAACUUCUCCCACUCAAGCAGGAGGAGGACCUCCGCCGCAGCGUUCGCGAUCCGCUCGUCCCUCACAGGCCAGUCUCAGUCCCCCGCUGCCGCCGCCAAGCGCAACCUCCUCACCCUCAUCGCCGGCCAAGAGCGCGGCCUCAAGACCCAAUCCAAUCCCCAGGCGCUUUCCCAAAUAAUCGACGCCAUCGACUCCCUGGCCGCCGCCGGCCGCGGAAGCGUCACCACAGACGAAUCGCUGUCGGACACGUGGCGCUUGCUCUGGACCACCGAGAAGGAGCAGCUAUUCAUUAUUAAAAACGCACAGAUUUUCGGCACCGCCGCCGGCGACGUGUUGCAGGUGAUCGAUGUGGAGAAGAAGACUCUCAACAACGUCAUCACGUUCCCUCCCGACGGAGUCUUCUUCGUUCGGUCCGAUAUUCAGGUUGCUUCCGCUCAAAGAGUCAAUUUCCAAUUUACUAGUGCAGUACUGCGGGGUAAGGGUUGGGAGUUUCCUCUGCCUCCGUUUGGUCAGGGUUGGUUUGAGACAGUAUACAUUGAUGAUGAAAUCCGGGUGGUGAAAGACAUCAGAAAAGAUUAUUUGGUUGUUGAGCGUGCACCUUAUUCUUGGAAAGAAUGAUCAUGAUUCAUGAGAGGCUGCUACAUCUCUGUCCGGUUCCAAAAUCACAGGAUUUGUCUUGGCUUGGAGCCCUUUAUGUUUGCAAACUGUUAGGGAUUGUUGAAGAUUGGAUUUUAUAUUCUCAAGGAGCUUCGUGAUAGAGUAUGACAAAUAUUUAUAUCCUCUUGAUUCUCAUGGUUCCAUUGUCCUUGGAUGUGGAACUACGCUUUAGAAUCUAGCCAUGCCUUGUAAAUCUUAAUAUUUCUUUGUUUUCUACUUGCCUAUGAGUCUCUCAUCUUUUUCUUGUACUGCUUGCGUAACAGUUAGGACAGGUUUUCUGGUAAUACAGUUUUAUAAUACCAUAUUAUGUGCGAUCUUUUCUCUGAUAAA